UGAGUGGAACAAGGGCGGAUCUUACAUUUAGCCGACGCCAUGGCAACAGAAGCUAAGCUAAUCUGCUAAAGGCUUGUAACAAAUAAGUUUUAUGAUUGUCAGAAACUAGAAUGUAAAGGCUACCGUGUAUGUCUCUUUGGUGUAUAUUGUAUAUUAUUUGAAUUGAUAAUUUUGGGGGCACCGCUGCUAAUCGAAACACGUUAACACCAUGGUUAACACUCUGUUCAAACUUAUCUGGGACUAACGUUACGCAGGACUGAAUAAUUAUUUCUCACAGUGUGCUGUAUCAUGUAUGUGUAUCUACCGGUUAAAUGGCGUUAAAUGCCUUAUAGCGUUGAAACGUUUCAGAGUGCGUGACAAGGAAGUCGGGGAUUGUUUAUGUUAACUUUAUUUCUCCCAUAUAAUUUGACUAACAACAAAAGCUGUUAUGAGUCCUGCCGUCUUGCGUUCAGCAGCCGCCGCAGAUGGUCAGCUGAAGUUCAUCUUAAAAAAUUAUUAGCUAAACUAUUUAUCCCGUUGGAGGUCUGGCCAUGUCCGCGGAUCACUCAGCGACACAGACCGGGACACACGGCCUCCUCCGUGGCCAGCGCACCCGGUCCUACGGCAGCCUAGUGUCUUCUUCAUUAUCACCCGUGAGACAAAGACGAAUUGAGCACAAAGUUCAGCCCGGGGAAACUUUGCAAGGACUAUCACUGAAGUAUGGCGUGUCUAUGGAGCAAAUCAAAAGGGCAAACAGACUGUACACAAAUGAUUCAAUAUUCCUGAAGGAGUCUCUCUUCAUCCCUGUAUUGCUGACAGAGUCUGUGUCUUUCACUAAUGGAGUGGAAUUGACCGAGGAGGAGACAAGUCCUGCACAAACACAUACAGAGAUUUCUAAUGAGACCCCAGAAAGCCAAACAGACUCCAGGAGAUGUGAAGCAAAUGCUGAUUUGUCACCGGUGGAGUACCUAAAAAAAAUAGACAGCUUGAUCAGUCAGUCAAAACAAGCAGCUGUGAAGACCUGCCAGGAGGGAGAGAAACAGAUCUCUACUAUGGAGCAACUCUAUCACAGCAAUCUGAAGUCCAACACUGUAUCCUCCCAGCAGGCCACAUUGGGAGCUGUUCCCAUGACCAUCACCAGACAUACCAGGAAUUUGAGGGAUAGGGAGGAUGAAUUCUUCCAGCUCUGAUGUAGGCUCUGGUGUAGGACUCCUUUGACUGUUUUCUUUUUUGUUUUUUUAUAUAUAGAUAUAUAAAUGGAAUGUUUUAGAGGGCUCCCUCUUCUGGUUUCAUGCCUUUAAAAUGUGAUGGUGAUUGUUGGAGUGAUUUGCAAUAGUCCUGUUUUUAUAAAAAGGCUACCAGCUUUAGACUUGCACACAUAGCACUGUAAAAACACAAGCCUGAUGCCUAAAAGUAAUAAUGUAAAUUAUAAUUCUGCUGUAACCAAAUUUUUGGUGGACAGUUUUAGGUGUGAUGUGGAUGACUGCAUUUGAGGAAAAGAAAUCAGGAAUGUAGCUUAAAAAAUAGUUAAUUUGCUAAUUAAUAUUUAACACUACCUCACAAGUAAUUGAUAGAAGUACUACUUUUAGGAAUAUUGAACAAGUAUUUGGGAAUGUGCCAUUGGACAGCUGCAUCUCAAUGCAUAGUUUUGCACUGCAGUGAAUGUAAUAUGAAACCGAUUAAAUGCCAUAAACACAAACUGAUCUUGGUCUUUUAACCUGGUCUUUGAAAUCUUGAGUGGUAAUCAGUGUACAUAAAGAUGAUCUAAUGGUACGCUUACAUGACAACAAUGUACUAAAAAUGAAAAAAAAAAAAAAAAAAAAUUCUCAAAUUUUUUCUUUUCUCACUGUGGAUCAGACACCUGUGAGAUCAAAAGCGGAACGGGUUUCACACUAGUGCACGGUGUUGCUAAUAAACUGGAUGUAAUUUAAA